GAGCUCGUGGGAGUCAAAUGUAAUAAUAAAACAUAAUAUUAUUUAUGUGCUAGGUUUUUGUAUAAAAUAUGCCUUCGUGUGCAUUGAGAUACUGUUUUAAUAAUUCUCAAAACACUAGUAAAAGUCAAGGAGUCACUUUUCAUAAGUUUCCUAAGCCGGAACAAGAAGAACGAGAAUUAUGGAUUAAAUUUCUACAGAAGAAUCGCAGCGAAGAAACAUGGUUACCGUCAAAGCAUGCAUGUAUAUGUUCUGUGCACUUCAAAGAAAAUGACAAAAUUAUCACAAAAACUGGAAGAAUUUACCUAAAGAAGAAUGCACUACCAUAUGAAGGCCCCACAGAAUGUGGUGAACAAGAAGUAUCAGAAGUAUUGUCUGAAUCUGUUAGCAGCUCAAACUCAAUUUUCGAUAACCCAAGAGAAAUUGCUUUGAAAUGUGAGUUGCGCAAAGAAUAUGCAGCUAAAAUGAAACUGGCUCAGGAAUUGAAGAAAAUAAAAAGACAAAAUAUUUAUCUGAAGAAAAAAUGUUUAUCGUACAAAAUGAUUAUAGAAAAACUGACAGCUAAUAAAUUGGCCAUGACCUAAUCGUACUGAUGUUAUUAUAGAUUUUUUUAUAGAAAUGUAAAAGUACGUAAUAAUGGAAUAUGAAUAAUAAGGAACCUCAGUUGAACAUGGUAUUAGUUAGUUGUACUUAUUGGUGUUGGUAUAUUAAAAAAAAAAAUCCUGAAAAUGUGUGUUGAUGAUCUAGCUACUAUACUCAAUAACUUUUGUUUUGUACUAAUUUACAUUUACUUUUUUGACUUACUCGUGCAAGGAAUUGACUAUUUCAGUAUGUUUUCUUGUCACUUAUCAUAUAUCACUUUACUUAUUAUAUUGUAAUUAAAAUAGACUUUUAAAACGAUGAACAUGUAAAUCUUGAUUUAAAAGAGUGGCAAUGAGUUUCUUGCUACUUCUUCUCAGUAGCUCAACCCUUUACUUAGUAGCGGUAGAUUCAAUAAGAAAUAUUUUUUUUUUGACAUUGAUAAGUGUCAUUUCCGUGACCUACAUGAAUAUUGAUUUUGAUUUGAUUUGCCUUAUGUUAAUAUUAAAUUAGCUGUAAUAGGCUGGGUCUUUCCCUCGGAAACCUAAAGAUUUCGGGAUAAGAUAUAUUCCCAUAUCUUUUCUGUACCUACCCCUGACAACGUGUGUGAUUUUGGAAGUUUCUUCUGUCACUGGUCGACGAUAUCUUGAGACAAAUUUAGGCCGUGUAUAUGGCAUUUCCAGUACUAGCUAUGUAACAAUGCAUACUGGAGGUAUCCGACAUAUCAUUGAUAUGCAAUCGUACAUAAAUAAUGAGUGAAAAAUUCUACAGAAUUACUGAUUAGCCCACUCAAAUGCAGUGCCGCUGCCUGAAAAUGACUUGAAGACGUGGAGUGGCACCGCGAUUGGACUCUUCUCCUUGAGACAUAAGAGCCAGCCUUGCGAUCUCGGUAGAUACGGCCGCUCUUCAAACGGAAACACAAAAUAUAAUGAAUGCGCACUAUUACAUUUAAUCUUUUUUUUUCGAGUCACCUGGUGUUAAGUGAUCACCGCCACCCACAUUCUCUUGCAACACCAGAAGAAUCAUAGGUGUACACGCUUUUGUUGAUGGUACCAGUGUCGUAUCGUCCCGGAAACAUCAGGAUGGUGCUUGAUGGCAGAAAGAGUAAAAAUAAAAAAAAUAUAUUUCAGUGAUCGUUGCAUCUGUAAUUGACUUUGGCCUGGUACUGUUUUGAGGAUAUCCUAAGAUAUCUAUUAAUACGGUUUUACUCACGAUUUAUCGGUGUGGGUACCGACUAGUUGCGGACCAUUCGGAGGUCCUUCAUCAGGGUGAGUGUAGUGGGUUCGCGAUAACGUCCCGUCUCUUACGACUCAAGCUCGCAGUGCGCGGCUGGACUAUCACUGACACUUGGCGUCCACGGGUGCACAAAAUCUAAUCACAAUGUCCACUACGUGAUCAUCAGCACCAUGGGUCACAUAUGUGGUCCAAUAUUAAUCCUAAUAAUAAUACAAAAAUAUAUGGAAAAUAAUAAUACGUUUUCAUGAAUCUAUUGGGCAUAUAUAAUAAUUUUCGUUGUAUGUAUAAAAAUCUGAAUCGGACUAUUCCGAGCUUCAAAAAGGAACAAAUAAUAUGCUUUAAUCAGUGAAUCUCAAUUCAUAUAAAUGAAGUCUUUAAGUAAUAUUAUUUGAAGACCACGGGGCGCCAAUGCGGAUAGAGCAAUAUCUCAAGGGCGACAGACCGUCGCCACUAGCCGUUCAAACAUGAACACUUAAAGAUACAAGGACACGAAAUCUGAGGAAAACUAUUACAGGAAAAACGAAUUAUAUAGACGGAACACAUUGUUUCAUAACAUGAAGGUGCGGCAAAAAGGUUGUGAAGACAUUCAUUUUCUCAAAAUUGAUUCCUUUAGAAUUAUUUUUGCUGUCAGUUUUAUUUUCACUACCACCGCUUCGAAAACAAAUGGUGCUCUGAGAGAGAACAAUCGGCGCAAGAAACUCUCCCAUCAUUCUUUUUUUGCGUUCUUUUUAAAUAUUGUUCUGUCAUUGUUAUUGCUAUAAAAUAAUCAUAAUGUAGUCCAAGGCUGCCCGAUCGCUUAGAUAUUCAACUGUGGAAUAUUAAGACUUACGACAGCGCCAUUUUUUAAUAAAAAAUUU